CGCACCUCCGCCGUUUCGCCGCUGCCGAUUUGGAGUCUAUUUGAGCACCUGGAGUUCAUAGAGACCACUUCUCUUCAUUGCUAAGAGAAGUCGGGUGUUACACAGUUGUUCUUCACGGCGAUACUAUCAGUUGUACAUCUAUGCGUCAUGUACGUCGGUACGGUUCUCAUCCAGAGCUCAUUGAUUUCACCAUCAGCAAAAGAUCCCUGCCCUUGCAGAAUCUUCUUCGAGGAAGAGGAGCCACAUCUCAUGGCAUUGCCAAAAAAAGAAAACCGGAAAGAUGAAAGUAAUGUGAAACAACUGGUUUUGUUUGGUGUGGAGACGGAUGGAUUAAUAGGGAUGGUGUGGUCCGUAAUCUGAAAAGAGGAGGGACUUGAACUAACUUUUCAGAAAAAUUGGACAUUUUUUUGCUAUGGGGAAUGAAGGAUGGUUUUAAGAAGAAUCUAUGAUUAUAUAAUACUACCGAUACUUAUCCUUUUCAUGUACUUGGU